AUGAAGUGGAUUGAGGAGAAGCAAGCAUUGUAUAGAAGAAAUCAAGAACUGGUAGAAAAGAUAAAACAAAUGGAAGCUGAGGAAGCUCGCUUAAAACAUGAUGUCCAGGACGUUAAGGAUCAAAACGAGCUCCUGGAGUUCAGGAUCUUGGAGCUUGAAGAGAGAGAAAGACGAUCGCCUGCCAUCAACUUCCACCACGGUCCUUUUACAGAGGGGAAGAGCCCUCUCCAAGUCUACUGCGAGGCAGAAGGUGUAACAGACAUAGUAGUAGCAGAGCUGAUGAAAAAAUUGGACAUUUUAGGGGAUAACGCCAAUCUGACCAAUGAGGAGCAAGUAAUUGUCAUACAAGCAAGGACAGUUCUCACGUUGGCUGAAAAGUGGCUACAGCAGAUAGAAGUGACGGAGUCCGCGCUGCAGCAGAAGAUGCUGGACCUUGAGAAUGAGAAGGAGCUGUUCAGCAAGCAAAAGGGAUACCUGGAUGAUGAGCUCGACUUCAGGAAGCAGUCCUUGGACCAAGCUCACAAGCAAGAAGCUGGAGCCAAAAUUUCCGAACUUCUUUCAGAAGAGGAGAAAGAGAAACUGAAGAGCGCUGUAGAGCAAUGGAAGCGGCAGGUGAUGAGCGAGCUCCGGGAGAGGGACGCCCAAAUCCUGCGAGAAAGGAUGGAGCUCAUUCAGCAUGCGCAGCAGAGAAUUAAAGAGCUGGAAGAAAGAAUUGAAGGCCAAAAAAGACAAAUAAAAGAGUUAGAAGAAAAGCUUUCAUUCUUUGGUCAUAGUCCUUCAGGCCACACGCAAAAG